AUGGCCGAGCACCGUCCUCUGGGAAGCUCCACAUACACAUCUAUCGACGGCGAACAUCACACCGUCGUCAUCCUCCACGUCACCUUCCCAGUCCCUUCAACCACGUUCCUACCCGACAAAAACAUUGGGGGAGAAGUUCAAGAAGACCGACGUGUACAAGACUCGAGGACGCCAGGUAAUAAUGCCUCAACACGUAGUCAAGGCACGGGCAUGUGA